CCAGAAAACGUAAAAGAAGAUGAUCGUCCUCAUGACACGAAAUAAACUAUGGAAAUAACGGGAGAAAUCCAAGAGCAAACAAUUUAAAUUUGUGUGCCGAACUUUGUUAAAGAUGGAGUUUAUUAAAGAGGAGAUUAAAGACAUGACUGAUCCAGAACCAUCCAGAAUAAAACAUGAAGAUACUGAGGAACAAAUAGACCAGAUGGAGACGAUGGAGCAAAAGCACAAACUGAAUAAAGCGGAUGAAAAUAACGGUAACUUACAAACUCAACCAAAAAAAACCAAAAAACUGCACACCUGCUCUCGGUGUGGAAAGUUUUACACAUAUAUAUCUGGACUCUUAAAACAUCAGUGUUUACCCUAUGGAGAGAAACCAUUCAACUGUGAUCAGUGUGGGAAAGAUUUUGUUUCGUCAUCAAAUCUAAAACAACACCAGAAACUUCAUUCAGGUGAGAGGCCUUUUGUGUGUUCUGUUUGUGGAAAGACUUUUACACGGCAUGAUCAUUGUAAACAGCACCAGAAAUCACACAAUAAAGUGAGAGAUCAUGUGUGUUUGGACUGUGGGAAGAGCUUUUCUAGAACUGAAUAUCUGAAACAGCACCGAAGAAUUCAUACUGGAGAAAAACCUUACACGUGCUCAUUCUGUGAGAAGAGUUUCACUUAUUCUGCCUCUCUGAAAUCACACGAGCGAGUUCAUACUGGAGAGAAGCUGCACAAAUGUACUCAGUGUGAGAAGAGCUUCAGAAGUCAAAUUCUUCUGGACAAUCAUCUGCGUGUUCACUCUGGAGAAAAGCCAUUUAGCUGUGAUCAGUGUGGUAAAGGUUUUAAUAUAUCGGCAAAUUUAAAAGAACACAUGAAAAAACAUUCAAAUGAGAGGCAAUAUGUGUGUUAUUUUUGUGGAAAGAGUUUUACAUGGAUAAACUCUCUUAAACAGCACCAGAUAAUACACACCGGUGUGAAAAAUCAUGUGUGUGGCGACUGUGGGAAGAGCUUUAAUAGAGCUUCUUGUCUGAGACUCCAUCGAAGAAUUCAUACUGGAGAAAAACCUUGCAAGUGCUCACACAUGUGACAGAAGUUUCACUCAUGCUUGGUCUCUGAAAGUACACGAGCGAACUCACACGGGAGAAAAACCUUUCAAGUGCUCAUACUGCGACAAGAGAUUCGCUCAGUCUGGAACCCUGAAAGAGCAUUAUAAGCGGCUUCAUACUGGAGAGAAGCCGUACGACUGCCCUCAGUGUGGAGAGACUUUUCCGUCUUCAUCAAGCCUUCUUAUUCAUAUACAAAAAAAUCAUGAUGCGUUGUAACUUUAAUAGCUUUCAUUUUCAUUGCAAAUACACAAUUUAGUUUAGUUGGUGAAUUUGUUGAAAUGCUCUGAGAACUUUAAAGACAUAAGAGUUGAAAGUUCACCAGUCUUUUGUGGGUUUUUUGUUUUUUUGUGCAUAUUUUGUUUGUCUAGAAUAUGUUAAUGGAAUUCUGAUUGUACAUGAGAAAUAAUAUGAUGUGCAUAUUAUCUUGGUUGAGCUAUGAUUAUUUAGUUUCAAACACAUCUUAUUUACUACACAAUACUGUAGUUAAUGAGUUUGAGAUGUACACUAUUAUCAGGUCGUGUAUCAUACAAAGAGUUUCGAGUUAUUAUGUAUCCUUUAUUAUUGAACAAUGAAGUACCGAACCUUUAGUUCGCCAGAUUUGGUGGA